AGCUCAGUCGGUUGUCGUUCGUUGCCUAGUCAAGUUCCACCGCGAGUUUCCAAGUCCGGGUUGCGGAUUAGCCGACGCUUAGCAGCCUCUCGUUAAAUUCACGAUAACGAAAUUAAGCAAACUUGUCGCGCAGUUAAAUAAAUAUUGUUGGCCCAUCACAAAAACCGACCAGAAACGGCCAACAUGCAGACAGUCAUUAAGAACCCCAACUGGUGGCGUCGUCGCACUAAGUUGGAGAGAAGUCUGUUGGUGGUCAGCAGCAUUCUCUUUGUGGCCACCGCCGCCGCAUUUGGUCUGUGGAUCAACGAUGUUGUAAGAACUUCCAGCUCUCCGGAGACUCCGCAGGCCACGGCACUGCAUGGCGACAGUACCACCGUCAACAAGGUGUCCAUGGGCAGUCCCUCAAAGGGCAAGGCGGCUGCCGAUGCGGAUGAAUGGUGCCUCACCCAGGAGUGCAUCCACACCGCCUCCACAGUUCUGCGGAAAAUGAAGCCUGAGGUGGAGCCCUGCGACAAUUUCUACGAAUUUGCCUGCGGCACCUAUCUCGAAGAGGAGAACAUUCCCGAUGACAAGGUCUCGAUCAGCACCUUCUCCGUGAUCUCCGACAAGCUGCAGGAGCAGCUCAAGGACAUUAUAACCGCUGAGCGACCGGAAACGGAUCCCAAGCACUUCCGGCUGCCCAAUCUGCUCUACAAAGCGUGCAUGAACAAAACUCUUAUCGAGACCCUGGGCGCAGAACCCAUCAAACGCGUGGCCGAGAAGCUGGGUGGAUGGCCCCUGAUCAAGGGAGAGAGCUGGAAUGCCGACGACAGCUGGACCUGGCAAGAGCAGGUCAAGAAGUUCCGUGCGGCUGGCUUCAGCAUGGACUACAUCAUUGACUUCUCGAUCGGUGUGGAUCUGCAGAACAGUACUAAACGCCUUAUUGAUCUGGAUCAAUCUGCUCUGGCUCUGAGUCGCGAGUACUUGGUGAAGGGCUUCAAUGAGACUCUGGUGACCGCCUAUUACGAAUACAUGGUGGACGUUGCCGUGCUCUUUGGGGCCGACAAGGAAAAGGCCAAGACAGAACUGCUGACCUCGCUGGAAUUCGAGAUAGCUUUGGCCAAUAUCUCCUGGCCCAACGAGAAGCGUCGCAACUCCUCGGAGCUGUACAACCUGAGGACUCCGGCCCAGUUGCAGGCCGCCUAUCCCUACGUCCAGUGGGUGGACUACAUGAACGCCCUGCUGCCCGAGGGACUUAACGUGGCCGACGAUGAGAUGAUCAACCUGUCGGUGCCCAGCUUCUUUGAGGAUCUCGGCAAACUGCUGGCCAAGACGCCGAAGCGCGUCAUUGCCAACUACAUGUUCUGGCGGAUUCACGGCUUCUCUGUGGGAUUCCUGAGCGAGGAGUUCCGCAAGCGGCAGCUGCAGUAUGCCACCGCCCUCUCUGGACGCCAGGAGCAGGAGGCGCGAUGGAAGGAAUGCGUGGAUAUUGCAACCGGCAGCAUGGAUGAAGAAUCCGAAGAAGAUUACGAUAGCCUUGGCAUAUCUGUGGGAUCGCUCUACGUACGCAAGCACUUCCACAAGGACUCGAAGGCCAAUGCCCUGGAGAUGGUCAACGACAUCCGCAACGUCUUCAACGACAUCCUGGACGAGGUCAUCUGGAUGGAUGCCAAGACCAAGAAGGAGGCCAAGGAGAAGUUGCACAGCAUGGCCACUCACAUCGGCUAUCCGGACGAGAUGCUCGACAACGAGAAGCUGGCCACCUACUAUGCCAAGCUCGAUAUCGAUCCCGACAAGUACUUUGAGUCCUUCCUGGGCAUGAACAUCUUCGGCACGGACUACUCCUUCAACAAGCUCCGUCUGCCAGUCAACAAGACGGACUGGGUGCGACAUGCUCGUCCUGCGAUCGUGAAUGCUUUCUACUCCUCUCUGGAGAACAGUAUUCAAUUCCCUGCCGGCAUCCUGCAAGGACACUUCUUCAACGCUCAGCGCCCCAAAUACAUGAACUUUGGCGCUAUUGGCUACGUCAUUGGCCACGAGAUCACCCACGGUUUCGACGAUCAGGGUCGUCAGUUUGAUGUGAAGGGCAAUCUGCGAGACUGGUGGCAGCCGGACACCCAGAAGGCCUAUCUGGCCAAGGCGAAGUGCAUCAUCGAGCAAUAUGGAAAUUACACGGAAAAGGCCACGGGUCUGAAUCUCAAUGGCAUCAACACUCAAGGCGAGAAUAUUGCCGAUAAUGGUGGCGUUAAGGAGUCAUACAUCGCGUACAGGCGGUGGGCGCAGAAGCACGGCCCGGAGAAGAAGCUUCCAGGCUUGGACUAUACCCCGGAACAGAUGUUCUGGGUGGCAGCCGGACAGACAUGGUGUGCUAAGUACCGUAAAGAAUCUCUCAAGAUGCGUAUUACAACUGGCGUGCACUCGCCUUCCGAGUUCCGUGUCCUUGGAUCACUCAGCAAUAUGAAGGACUUUGCCAAGGACUUCCAGUGCCCAGACGGUUCCCCCAUGAAUCCGGUUCAGAAGUGCGAAGUUUGGUAGGACCUGGACUUGGAGUUGAUUUCGGGCUAUUAUGUCCGCUAAAUGAGAUAGGCAAUAGAAUGCAAGGAAAGCUAGCGAUCAGGCCCAUUUCUAGAGGGGCUAGUCUCACGUAGAAAUACAAAUACAAUAUCGAUCGCAUUUAUGCUAAGUAUGCAUUAUGUAAAAAUCGUAUUUAAUAAAAAUUGUUUAUAUGUAAUUAA